AUGGCUACCACUCUACUCAUCACUGGAGCCACCGGAAACCAAGGGGGUGCGGUCAUUAAUGCUCUGCUGGCGCAGGACGCAGACGUUGAGAUCCUCGCCGUGACCCGCAACCCGCAGUCAGGAACAUCGCAGAAGCUUGCCGGAAAGUCUCCCAAAAUUAAGCUAUUUCAGGGCGACCUUGAUCAUCCAUCGGAGAUCUUCGAAAAUGCGAAGAAACUCGCCACUCGGCCCAUCUCUGGGGUCUUUAGCGUUCAGAACCCUAUGGCGAAAGGUCAAAAUGUAGACAAAGAAGAAGUCCAAGGUAAAGCCUUGGUUGAUGAAUCCAUCAAGCAAGACAUCAGACACUUUGUCUACAGCUCCGUCGAUCGCGGUGGUGAUGCCUCCACGGACAAUCCAACCAAUAUCCCUCAUUUCAUCAGCAAACAUCGCAUCGAACACCAUCUGUUCGAGCAGACCAAGGAUGGAGCCAUGACAUGGACUGUCCUCCGUCCGGUGUUCUUUUUCGAGAAUCUUGUCCCGAGCUUCAUAGGCAAGCUGAGCGCCACAGCCUGGGAUGCCUACCUGCAGGGCAAACCGCUGCAGUGCGUUGCGGUCAGCGAUAUUGGGGUGUUUGCAGCCAAGGCUCUUCUCGAGCCACAAAACUACAAGAAUCAGUGUAUUUCUCUCGCCGGAGAUGACUUGACAUUCGAACAUAUGCAGAAGUUGUUCAAGGCGAAAACGGGGGAGACGAUGCCAACCACAUACCGGGUGGUCUGUUAUGUACUGAUGUGGAUGGUCACUGAUUUGCGGCUUAUGUUCAACUGGUUCUACAGUCAUGGCUACGGUGCAGAUAUUCAGGGUCUAAGGAAGAUACAUCCUGGCCUGAAGAACUUUGAAGCGUGGCUGGAAGAGGACAGCGAAUGGGUGAAGCACUGA